AUGGGGAAGGACGGGCUGCUCAUCAAACCCAGCGUCUUCCUCCUGCUCCUCUUCUUCCUUCCUGGACACAGCUCGCCUGCCACAGAGCCGCAGUAUAUGGUGCUACUGCCCUUUCUGAUACACACCGAUUCUCCUGAGAAAGUCUGUGUUCAACUGACCCACCUGAAUGAGUCUGUGACGCUGAGUGCCACACUCGAGUAUCAAGGUGAAAACAGGAGCUUGAUUGAUGACGUGGUGUCAGAGACGGACUUGUUCACCUGCAUCCCUUUCUCGCUUCCAAAAUCAAAUAGCCCGUCACCAGUCACAUUUAUCACUGUGACAGUGAAGGGGGCAACACUGCAGUUCAGGAGCCGCAAGUCGGUGCUGGUCAAGAAUUCUGAGAGCUUGGUCUUCGUCCAGACAGACAAACCCAUCUACAAGCCUGGACAGACAGUCCUGUUCAGAAUUGUUUCUCUGGAUACAGACUUCCGUCCCCUGAAUGAAGUGUUUCCGCUGGUGUAUAUGGAGGACCCAAAGAAAAACCGUGUGUACCAGUGGACAAAGGUAGAGUUAGAGAAGGGGUUAAUCCAGCUGUUCUUCAACCUCACCUCCGAACCUAUGCAAGGGACCUACACAGUGGUGGCACAGAAGGCCUCUGGGAAGACAAUUCGGCAUCCUUUCUCUGUGGAGGAAUAUGUGCUGCCAAAAUUCGAAGUAACAGUGAAAAUGCCCAAGGUGAUCACCAUUCUUGAUGAGAAGCUGAAGGUGACAGUUUGUGGUCUAUACACAUUUGGGAAGCCUGUUCCUGGCUUCGUGAGCUUCCGUGUCUGCCGAAAGUUUGAACACGCAGCCACUGCCUGCUAUGGCGAAGAGGCUAGAGCAGUGUGUGAUGAGUUCUCUGGACAGACAGACAACUAUGGCUGCAUUUCUGAAACGGUAAAGACCAAGUUAUUCCAGCUCAAGAGAAGUGGGUAUGAGAAUAAGCUCCAUGUGGAGGCUAAGAUUAAAGAGGAGGAGACAGGAGUGGAGUUGACUGGAACAAGCUUCUCUGAGAUCACAACCACCAUUAGCAAAAUCACCUUCGAGCAUUCAGACUCUCACUACAAACCCGGAAUCCCCUACUUUGGGCAGGUGAAGCUAGUGGAUGGGUCUGGUGCUCCAAUCGCCAAUGAAGUUGUGAAGAUUUCUUUACAAGGAGGUCAGGAAACCAACUAUACAACAAAUGAAGAGGGCAGGGCACAGUUUGUCAUGAACACUUCCAAGUUGAACUUCGAUUCUGUUGGAAUUAGGGCAACUCAUAAAGUACACCCCUACUGCUAUGACCGUUCCUGGGUUGUUCCAUAUUAUGAAGAAGGCUAUCUCCAACUAAAGCGCUUUUACUCUCCUAGUAAUAGCUUCCUCAAAAUUGAGCCCCAGUCCAAGACACUAAGCUGUGGCUUCUCCACAGAGGUCCGGGUGCACUAUAUCCUUACUCCAGCAGCCGUAGGAGAGCAGAAGAAAAUCGUCUUUUACUACCUGGUGAUGGCCAAGGGAAUCAUUAAGAAAGCGGGCACCCACAUUCUGGAUUUGCAGCAGGAAAGUGACAAUGGGGUCUUCUCGCUACAGCUGCCUGUAGAAGCUGAUAUUGCUCCAGUGGCCCAACUGCUUGUCUAUACCACUGCCCCCAGCAGUGAGGUAAUUGCUGAUUCAACCAAGUUCAACGUAGAAAAGUGUUUCAGCAAUAAGGUGGACUUGAGCUUCUCUCCUUCUGAAGGCCUGCCUUCCUCUGAUGCUCACUUGCUGUUCAGAGCCUCCCCGAACUCCCUCUGCGCCGUCCGGGCUGUGGACAAGAGCGUUCUCCUCAUGAAGCCAGAAGCUGACCUGUCACCCAGCUCUGUGUAUAGCUUGCUGCCAGUGAAGGAACUGCAUGACUAUCACCAUGGUCCAGACAUGCUCUUGGAGGAGCCCCUGGAGAAUUGUGUCCCCUUGGAGAAGAUAGUUCUGAAUGGGAUCACCUAUUCUCCAGUAGUGAUGACGAAUGAAGAGGACACUUACAGCAUUCUAAAGGAAAUGGGUUUAAAGGUUUUCACAAAUACCAAGGUGAGGAAACCUUGGUAUUGCAGCACUGACAAUUACAUGCCUGCAGGAGUCCGCAUUGCAUCAUCUUCAGUCAUGUCUGGAGCACCUAUACAGGCAAUGAGGACAAACGGCAUUCAGUCAGAUAGACUUUAUGCCACGUUACGCACUCCUGAAGAGGUGACGGAGACAGUCCGAAAGUAUUUCCCAGAAACUUGGAUUUGGAGUUUAGUAUCUAUAAGCUCUGAGGGAAAUGCUGAUCUAGACAUGACCAUCCCUGACACCAUCACGGAAUGGAAAGCCAAUGCAUUCUGCACUUCGGCAGACACGGGCUUUGGCCUGUCCCCAACAGUGUCCCUCAGAGCCUUCCAGCCCUUCUUUGUAGAGCUCACCAUGCCCUACUCUGUAGUGCGUGGUGAGUCCUUCACGCUGAAAGCCACCGUUUUCAACUACCUGACCGCCUGUAUCAGGGUCAGUGUGACUCUGGCUCAGUCUACUCAUUUCCUGGCUACUCUGGUGGAAAAGGAGGAAGAAUCUCACUGUCUCUGCGAGAAUGGAAGGAAAACCGUGGCUUGGCUGGUGACUCCCAAAUCUCUAGGGCAGGUGGAGUUCUCAGUGAGCACCGAGGCCCUGCAGAACCAGCAGCCCUGCGGGAACGCCAUCGUGGAGACCCCUGAGAAAGGGCGGAAAGACACGGUCAUCAGACAGCUGCUGGUGGAGCCUGAAGGAGUUGAGAAGGAAACAGCCCAGAACUCUGUGCUCUGUGUAAAAGGAGUGUCUGCGGAACAGAAGUUUUCCCUGUUGCUACCCUCAAAUGUGGUACAAGACUCAGGAAGAGCAUAUUUCUCAGUGCUGGGUGACAUCAUGGGCACUGCCAUGCAGAACCUGCACCAGCUCCUGCAGAUGCCAUUCGGCUGUGGAGAGCAGAACAUGGUCCUGUUUGCACCCAACAUCUACGUCCUGGACUAUCUGAACAAGACAGGGCAGCUGAGCGAGGAGGUCAAAUCCAAGGCCAUCGGAUACUUAGUGAGCGGUUAUCAGAGGCAGCUGAACUACAAGCACCCAGAUGGCUCUUACAGUACCUUUGGACCACGUUAUGGCCAACUGGGGAACACCUGGCUCACAGCCUUUGUCCUCAAGUCCUUUGCCCAGGCCCGACCUCACAUCUUCAUAGAUGAGAGGCACAUCCAGGAUGCUUUGGUCUGGCUGUCAUACAAACAGAAGGAGAACGGCUGUUUCCGCAGUUCUGGGACACUCCUGAACAAUGCUAUGAAGGGUGGAGUGGACAACGAGGUCUCGCUGACGGCGUACAUCACUAUUGCGUUGCUGGAGAUUCCUCUGCCUGUAACUCACUCGGUGGUCCGUAAUGCUCUGUUCUGCCUGGAAACAGCAGCAGAUGAGAAAGAAAACCACGUGUACACCAAGGCACUGAUGGCGUACGCCUUCGCCCUGGCAGGGAAGGAGGAGAAACGGAAGGCAUUGCUUAGCUCACUUGAAAAGGAAGCUGUGAAAAAGGAUGGGUCUGUUCAUUGGCAGCGACCUGGGAAAGAGCCAGAGGUUGAUCUCCCGUACUAUCGCUACCGAGCUCCCUCUGCUGAAGUGGAGAUGACAGCCUACGUGCUCCUUGCUCACCUCACCACGCAGCCGGCACCUUCCCAGGAGGAGCUGUCAUUCGCGUCUCUUAUUGCAAAGUGGAUCAGUGGUCAGCAGAACCCCAGUGGAGGCUUCUCCUCCACCCAGGUGAGCUGCUUCCCUCCUGUGACUUCACACAUCAAUGUCAGAGGAUGGGAAGUGUCAGAGACCCAGGUGGGAGCACAUUACACGGGGGAGCGCAAUGGCUCCAACAUGGUGAUUGUUGAUGUGAAGAUGCUGUCGGGAUUCAUCCCCGUGAAGUCCUCCGUGAGGAAGUCGCUAGGCAAGCCUUAG